CGGGCCGCUGAUUGUUGGUGGCGCGCUCGCUCCCUGCGUUUUGCCCAACUGUCCGGCGAUCAGCAGGGGGAGAGCGAGGCUGCCCGCACUCGGCGCAAGCAGCAGAGCUCCAGCAGCCAGCUGGAGAAAAACUCCACUGCUGCUACUUCGACGGUAUUUUGCGCUUAAUAUUGAGCUGAACUUUUACCGGUAACUUCAUGUCCCGUAACUGAUGAAUCCGUUGGUGUUAUCAGUUGAACUGGUACUUUCCUGCUUUUAAACAUCUGUCAAAAAAUGUAUUCUGAUUUCCAGCAUCCACAAUAUUUCACUUUGGUAUUUUGCAUCUGCCUUCACUAGAAGAGGAUGCUGCUGUUGCAACAGUAAAGGAAAAAGCAGUAGCAGUAUUGGAUAGGAUAAAAAUAGACAGAGCCAAUUUGAAUGCACAGCCCUGGAAAUAUUGUUAAUUAACCAGAUGGUCUGAUGUUUGGUGAUUCAGUUUUGUGACAAAUUGGCAUGGUUUUCUGGGAAACUAGCUUGUUCAGGAAAGGUAACAAUGAUGAACAAGAAUGGCAGAACUGCACAUCUGCUUCAAACGGGGCCCGACAGUCUCCAAUUGACCUAAGCACUGCCAAGAGUGUGUACGAUCCGAAACUGAAACCUUUACAUAUCUCGUAUGACCCAAGUAGUUGCCUUCGACUCACAAACAACGGCUACUUUUUCCAGGUGGAAUUUGAAGACUCCAAAGACAACUCGGUUAUUAUCAAUGGACCACUGCAAAACCAUUACAGAUUGAAGCAAUUCCAUUUUCACUGGGGUGCAGAAAAUGAUCGGGGAUCAGAGCACACAGUUAAUAAUCAGGUCUAUCCUGCUGAGCUUCAUCUGGUUCACUGGAAUCCAGUGAAAUACAAGAACAGCGAUGAAGCUGUUCUGUCUGAAAAUGGCCUUGCAGUUAUAGGAGUGUUUUUAAAGCUUGGAAGAAGGCAUGAUAGUCUGCAGAAACUUGUGGAUGCACUACCGGCUAUUAAAUAUAAGGACUCAGCAGUUGAUUUCUUCAAUUUUGACCCUGGAUGUAUGAUUCCAUCUUGUUCUGAUUACUGGACAUAUCCUGGUUCUUUGACUACACCACCAAUGACUGAAUCUGUUACCUGGGUCAUUAUGAAGGAUCCUAUUGAAGUUGGUCUUGAACAGCUGGCUGUGUUUCGUAGUUUGUUUAGCACAGCUCCUGGGGAAAAGCAAAAACAUAUGGUGGACAACUACAGACAAUUGCAGCCUUUAUUGAAACGGACUGUGUAUACAACAAUCCCAUCUUCCCCUGAAAAUGGUUCUCAACAGAAAACGCAUACCUGAAUGUGGGAAAACUUUUCAAAUGAAUGUACCUGAGCGCCUGCCUUAUAUUUUAAGCACAUUAAAUAACUUCUAUGGUUGGGUGAACUGGGGAAAAAAAAAUUGCUUGAACUUCAACGUUUACAUAUAAAAUCUUCUAAAUAUAUCAAAAGCUAGACAGAGUUCAGAACAUAUUUAUAUAUUUGGGUGCUUUUUAUAAUUUGGUAUGGUUAAAAUUUAUAACUAUUAUUUGCAGUUGGAAAUUAUAUCUAUUAGGUGCUUGUAUCAUUUAGAAUGACAUAGAAAAAUUGUCAAUGUUUUACAAGGAAUACUAAAUAAAACCUCUCAAACUUAGUCUUAUAUUUAUCAGUGGAACAUUGUUCACAAUCUAUACUUCUAUAAUAUUAGGAACUAUUUCAACAUGAUAGUGAUAGUUGAGGAAAAUGUUGACUAAAAAUGUUAAUACACCAUUGGGUGCAUUCUGGAAUGGUGCAGUGGCAAUCACUAUUGGCAGUUGGAUGAAAGCUUGUGGCUUCUGUUCUAUAGUAGCUAGAAAAGGCCAUUUGGCCCAUUGUGUCUCUUCUGCUAUGCAAUAAGAUCACAGCCUAUCUUUUGCCUCUGUACUUCUUCCCUUUCAUUAACCCCAUAUGCCUUGAUUCUCAAUAUCUGACAAUCUAUUGAUCUGUCUUGAAUAUAUUCAGCAACUGAACUUCCACAGCCCCCUUGGGUAGAGAAUUUCAGUGAAAUUUCUUAUCUCUGCCCUGAAAGGCCAAAUCCUUAUUGAGCCAGGGGAAAUGUUAACUCCACACCUAUCCUUUCAAGCCCCAUUAAGCUUUUGUACACUUUAAUGAGAUCACUCAUUCUUCUAAACUUCAGAGUGUAGGCCUGGUCUGCUUACUCACUUUUCAUAUGUCAAAUCUGUCAUUGCAGGAAUCAAUAUGAUGAAUUUUUGCUGCAAUCCCUCCAUCACAGUUUUACCUCUAGAUAGGGAGAUCAGAACUGUAUAUAAUAUUCCAAAUACAAUCUUGCAUUCCUCUAAUGUUCUUGCAAUAAAGGUCAACAUAAAUUUGUCUUCCUAAAUGCUUGCUGAAUCUACAUGUUAACUUUGUGAUUUGUGUACAAAGGCAUCCAGGUCUUUGUGAAUGCCAGCACCUCUCAAUCACUCACCAUUUAGGAAAAAAUAUUUUUUUUAAACAAAGUGGGUAAUGUCAUAUUUUCCACAUUUUAUGCCACCUACAAUAUUCUCACCAAUUCAGUUAACCUAUCACUAUUUAUCUGCAGCCUCUCUUCAUGGUCCUUGUAACUACAAUGCCACCCAGCUUUGUAUCAUUAGCAAAUGUGGAUAGACACUUGAUUCCUUUAUUGAAAUCAUUGAUUGUGGACAGGUGGGGACAAAUACAGAUACCUGCAGCACCCCAUUACUCUCGGACUCCAAACCCAAAAAUGACCUUUUGUGUUCCUUCUGUUUCCUUUAAUGCCAUUAAUAUCCCUUCUGUGACAUCUUAUCAAAGCCCCUUCUGAAAGUCCUCUUCUGAUUUGUUCAUUUAUAAUCUAGUUGGGUCUGCCCAAUUCUAUAGUCAUUUUCUAAGUACAGGGACUCCCUGGGUUACGGAUGACUUGACUUGCAGAAAUCUGACUUUACACAAAUUCUUCUAUACAUUUUUAAAGGAUUUUUCAAGCUGGUAAUAAUAAUAUGGUUGGUGUUCGUUAAUGACUAGAUACAAUAUAUAUUAGUUUAAUUAUGGGUAGUAUUAAGGUGAUUAUUCAAUGAAAUGAAUUAUAGCAAGUGUAUGCAGAGCAAUAUGAUAUGGGUUACUAAAGAAAAUGGACAUUUCUGACUUGGAGAAAUCUGCUUACAGACAGUUCUCAGGAAUGGGACUUUCUGUAUCCUGUUACCACUUCCUUAAUGAAUUCCUGCAUUUUUCACUUCUGAUGCCAGCGUGAAUGGUUCCUAUUUCUUGUUUCCUCUCGCUCUCUCCCCCCAUAGCAGGGUUACAUUUGCUGCCAAUUUCUGGGAAUUGUUUUAGAAUUUAUGGAAUUUUGCAAGAUGAAAACCAAUGCAUUUACUAACUCCAAAGCUACCACUUACAAAACUAUAGAUUCCAAGUUAUUAAGUCCUGAGUAUUUAUUGGCUUUCAGUCCCAUUAACUUCAAUGAUUUUAUUAAUCAGUGAUUUUAUUUGUCAAACUUUUGCUAAUCUUUUCCUUUUUACAUAUGUAGAAGCUUUAACAGUUUGUUUCUCAUUAGACUAAUCUUGCUUUUCCUUAUCAAUACUUCUGUUGUCCUUUGUUGAAUUCUGAAAUUUUUCCAAUCCACAGGCUGACUUUUUUUUGUUUGGCAGCAUUAUAAGCCUCUUCCUUUGUUAAGAACUGGUACUGAGGAACUCUUGCAGUGAUGUGGUUGGGUGCGAUGAUGAACCAGAACCAAGGAAGGUGCACUAGCAAAUUUACUUUCUUGGGUGGUUUGGCUUGUCACUGGACAGUCUAAUAAACUUCUACAAAUGUAUUUGAGAGUAGCCUGACUGGCUGCAUCAUGGUCUGGUACAGCAAUUUGAAUGUGCAGGAACAUAAGUAGCUGCAGAGAGUAGUGGACUCUGCCCAAUACAUCAUGGGCACAUCCCUCCCCCACCAUCAGUAGUAUCUACAGGAGGCACUGCCUCAAGAAGGCAACAUCCAUCAUCAAAAAAUCCCCACCAUCUAGGCCAUGCCAUCUUCUCAUAGCUACCAUCGGGCAGAAGGUACAGAAGCCUGAAGUCCCACACCAGGUUCAAGAACAGCAACUUCUCUGCAACCAGUUGGUUCUUGAACCAACUGGCACAACCCUUAUCACUUUGCACUAAAGUGGACAUUUUUUUUGUUCUAAUUGUUCUUUCUUAAACAAAUUAUGUAUAAUUUUUUCAUCUUUUGAAUGCUGCUUAUGAUGCUAUGUGCCUGUGAUGCUGCUGCAAGUAAGUUUUUCAUUGCACCUGUGCAUACAUGUAUGACAAUAAACUUGACUCUGACCAUUGA